AUGUUGAUUUACUGGUUUAUAGCAUCACUGAUUACAGGUACGAUAGCAUUGGAUAAUCCAUGCAAGACACCUGAUUUUGUGCAACUGCCUGAUCCGGAUGAUUGUACAGCUUUCAUAAUCUGCAUAAACGGUUUUCCAUUUGCUGGAAAAUGUGGCGAAGGAUUAAUUUUUGACGUGGUUACUAACAACUGCAACAGAGAAUCGGAGGCAGUUUGCGUGAAAGAUUUAGUCACUCCACCCACCGCUGGGACAUCUCCUGACGGUACUACAGCAUCCACCACAGAUUCCACUGGGGUAUCGACUACAGCCGCCGUUACUACAGAAGCUCCUACUGCUCCAACUCCUUCUACACUCGUACCUUCGACCACAGAAGCUCCUACGGCUCCAACUCCAUCUACAACCGUCGCUACCACCACGGUAACUCCCACAGCUCCUACUACUUCUCCAACUGUACCACCCACUACUACCAUCCCAACUUUACCACCCACAACCACAACCACUACCAACGCUCCAACUCCUACUACCAUUCCCACUGUAGCUCCCCCAACGACUCAUCCACCGGGAGCUCCGGAUUGUCCCCCGUUGGCAGUUUUCUUUGCUCCGCAUCCGAACUGCAACCGCUUUUUCCAGUGCUACUUUGGAAGCUUGUUCGUACUCACCUGUCCGUCGAAUCUGCACUGGAAUCAGCAACAACAGUACUGCGAUUGGCCGUUCAACGCCUCGUUGUUAUGGAUUUUUACUGCCUUAAUUAUUACUGCGGGAGCAGAGGAAAAUCCGUGUCGAACCGAAGAUUUUGAAAAAUGGCCUGAUCCAAAUGAUUGUGCGAGCUAUAUUAUAUGUAUAGGAGGAGAUCCGCAUCCCGCACAAUGUGGUAAUGGAUUGAUCUUUGAUGUAAUAGCAAAUGAUUGCCGGCCUGAAUCGGAUUCUGUGUGCGUUAAGGAUAUAGCUACUCCACCUACGCCAGAUGACCCUACCACGCCGCCAGUUACCACCCCGACUGUUACUCCGACGUCCACACCUGUUUCAACUCCUGUUCCAACUCCUGGACCAUCUCCUACUUCCGCUCCAUCUCCAACGCCCACUCCAGCUACUACUCCUGCUCCAUCUCCAACCCCAGCUCCUACUCCUGCUCCAUCUCCAACCCCAGCUCCUACUCCUGCUCCAUCUCCAACUCCUACCCCAACUUCACCUCCUUCACCAACCCCUGCUCCAACUCCCGCUCCCACAACGGUCCCCACACCGGCUCCCACUCCAGCAACAACGCCGCCAAACGGAGGGGCCCCACAUUGUCCUCCGGAUAAGGUCUUCUUUGCUCCCCAUGCAGAUUGCUCGAAGUUCUACCAAUGCUACUAUGGACACCUGUACGUGCUUUCCUGCCCUCCGAAUCAGUACUGGAACCAGCAACUGGAGCACUGCGAUUAUCCAGGCAACGUCACUUGUCCAUCCGGACUAUUAUUCUAA